UAGUUCUCGGCUACUACCUGACUUUAUGUUCCUUUCAGUAUCUGAUGGGUGCUGCCACCAGUUCUACAUCUAUUUAUCCUUUGGAAUAUUUGCUGUGAAGACAAACGGUACCAAGUCAAGAAAAGGAAGAAAAGAAGAAGAAGGAAAAACAAAACCUAAGACAACGAAACACCCGAUCCUACAAAGCUGUAGGAUCUACUCAAAUUGGGGAAGAUAGAAUGUGAAGUUGCUUCUUGGGCUUGUUCACCAGGACGGCUCUCAGAACUCUUCUCUAUAGCACUUACUUACCUGCACACAGACAUUAAACAGAAAGCUAUUUCUGAGCAUCUGCUGGGAGCUACUGUGAAACCAUGCCGCCUUUUAUCCACCCUAAAAGAUGUGUCAGAGAAUCCAUGCUACAUUUACUUUUCUGCUAAGAGCAGACAUAGAAUCUGCUCUAUUAAGCUGUAAAACACACGGAAUAUUCUAGACCUAAUGAACUGAACACAGAAGCUUUGAGGAAAGAUGAAGAAAACCCUGCAGGAUGAGAUUGAAGCCAUUCUCCGGAAGAGGAUCAUGGUGCUAGAUGGUGGGAUGGGGACCAUGAUCCAGCGGUACAAAUUAAGUGAAGAACAUUUCCAAGGUCAAGAGUUUAAAGAUCACACCAAGCCACUGAAAGGCAACAAUGACAUCUUAAGUAUAACUCAGCCUGAUGUUAUUUACCAGAUUCAUAAGGAAUACUUGCUGGCUGGAGCAGAUAUCAUCGAAACAAACACUUUCAGCAGUACUAGUAUCGCCCAGGCUGACUAUGGCCUUGAACACUUGGCCUACCGGAUGAACAAGUGCUCUGCAGAUGUGGCCAGAAAAGCCGCUGAGGAGAUAACUCUGCAGACAGGAGUCAAGAGGUUUGUGGCUGGAGCUCUGGGUCCAACUAAUAAGACACUUUCUGUCUCCCCAUCUGUGGAAAGGCCAGAUUAUAGGAACAUCACAUUUGAUGAGCUUGUGGACGCAUACCAGGAGCAGGCCAAGGGACUGCUGGAUGGCAGGGUCGACAUCUUACUCAUUGAAACAAUUUUUGAUACAGCUAAUGCCAAAGCAGCCUUGUUUGCGCUCCAGAACCUCUUUGAAGAGAAUUACGCUCCUCCUCGGCCUAUCUUUAUUUCUGGGACCAUUGUUGAUAAAAGUGGACGGACUCUUUCUGGCCAGACAGGAGAGGCUUUUGUCACCAGCGUGUCUCAUUCAGACCCCUUGUGCAUUGGAUUAAAUUGUUCUCUGGGUGCAGCUGAAAUGAGGCCUUUCAUUGAAACAAUUGGAAAAUGUACAACAGCGUAUGUCCUCUGUUACCCAAAUGCAGGUCUUCCCAACACUUUUGGCGACUAUGAUGAAACACCUUCCAUGAUGGCCACGCACCUGAAGGACUUUGCUGUGGAUGGCUUGGUGAAUAUAGUUGGUGGAUGCUGUGGUUCAACACCUGAUCACAUCAGGGAAAUUGCGGAAGCUGUGAAAAAGUGUAAGCCAAGAGUCCCCCCUGCUAGUGUUUUUGAAGGACAUAUGUUACUAUCUGGUCUAGAGCCCUUCAGGAUUGGACCAUACACCAACUUUGUUAACAUUGGAGAGCGCUGUAAUGUGGCAGGAUCCAGGAAAUUUGCUAAACUCAUCAUGGCAGGAAACUAUGAAGAAGCCCUGAGCAUUGCCAAAGUACAGGUGGAAAUGGGAGCUCAGGUGCUCGAUAUCAACAUGGAUGAUGGCAUGCUGGAUGGUCCCAGUGCAAUGACCAGAUUUUGCAACUCCAUUGCUUCUGAGCCUGACAUUGCCAAGGUGCCCCUGUGCAUUGACUCUUCCAACUUCGCUGUGAUUGAAGCUGGGUUGAAGUGCUGCCAAGGGAAGUGCAUAGUCAACAGCAUCAGUCUCAAGGAGGGGGAGCGGGACUUCCUGGAGAAGGCCCGGAAGAUUAAGAAGUUUGGAGCUGCUGUGGUGGUUAUGGCUUUUGAUGAGGAAGGACAAGCAACAGAAACAGAUGUUAAAGUCAAUGUGUGCACCAGAGCUUACCAUCUGCUUGUGGACAAAGUGGGCUUCAAUCCUAAUGACAUCAUCUUUGACCCCAACAUCCUUACCAUUGGUACUGGAAUGGAAGAGCAUAACUUGUAUGCUAUCAAUUUUAUCCAUGCAACAAGAGUCAUUAAGGAAACAUUACCAGGAGUCAGAAUAAGUGGAGGUCUUUCCAACUUAUCUUUCUCCUUCCGAGGGAUGGAAGCCAUUCGAGAAGCAAUGCAUGGUGUUUUCCUUUAUCAUGCGAUCAAGUUUGGUAUGGACAUGGGGAUAGUCAAUGCCGGCAAUCUCCCUGUGUAUGAUGCUAUCCAUAAGGACCUCCUUCAGCUCUGUGAAGACCUCAUCUGGAACAAAGACUCUGAGGCGACUGAGAAACUCUUGCGAUAUGCCCAGACUCAUGGCAAAGGAGGGAAGAAAGUCAUCCAGACAGAUGAGUGGAGGAAUGGCUCCAUUGAAGAGCGUCUGGAGUAUGCUCUUGUGAAGGGCAUUGAGAAGCACAUUGUUGAAGAUACUGAAGAAGCCAGGUUAAACGGGGAAAAAUAUCCUCGGCCUCUGAAUAUAAUUGAAGGGCCCCUCAUGAAUGGCAUGAAAGUGGUUGGUGAUCUUUUUGGAGCUGGAAAAAUGUUUCUACCUCAGGUUAUAAAGUCAGCCCGUGUCAUGAAGAAGGCUGUUGGCCACCUUAUCCCAUUCAUGGAAAAGGAAAGAGAAGAAGCCAGAUUGAUUCAUGGUUCGGUUGAAGAAGAGGACCCUUACCAAGGCACCAUUGUGCUGGCCACUGUUAAAGGGGACGUGCAUGACAUCGGCAAGAACAUAGUUGGGGUGGUGCUGGCCUGUAACAAUUUCAGAGUUAUUGAUUUAGGAGUCAUGACUCCCUGUGAUAAGAUACUUCAAGCUGCUCUGGACCACAAAGCAGAUAUAAUUGGCUUGUCAGGACUCAUCACUCCAUCCUUGGAUGAGAUGAUUUUUGUUGCCAAGGAAAUGGAGAGGUUGGCUAUAAAGAUUCCGUUGUUGAUAGGGGGAGCAACCACUUCAAGAACCCACACAGCAGUUAAAAUUGCACCACGGUACAGCGCGCCUGUGAUCCACGUCCUAGAUGCAUCCAAGAGUGUGGUGGUGUGUUCUCAGCUGUUAGAUGAAAAUCUGAAAGAUGACUACUUUGAAGAAAUACUGGAAGAGUAUGAAGAUAUUAGACAGGACCACUAUGAGUCUCUCAAAGAGAGAAAAUACUUACCCCUAAGUCAAGCCAGAAAACAUGGUCUCCACAUUGAUUGGCUGUCUGAACCUCAUCCAGUGAAGCCCACGUUUAUUGGGACCCAGGUCUUUGAGGACUACAACCUGCAAAAGCUGGUGGACUACAUUGACUGGAAGCCUUUCUUUGACGUCUGGCAGCUCCGGGGCAAGUACCCGAAUCGAGGAUUUCCCAAGAUAUUUAAUGACAAAACAGUAGGUGAAGAAGCCAGAAAGGUAUACAAUGAUGCUCAGAAUAUGCUGAACAUACUGAUUAGUCAAAAGAAACUGCAGGCCAGGGGUGUGGUUGGAUUCUGGCCAGCACAGAGCGUCCAGGAUGACAUCCACCUGUAUGCAGAGGGGGUGGUGCCCCAGGCCGCUGAGCCCAUAGCCACCUUCUAUGGACUGAGGCAGCAGGCUGAGAAGGACUCUUCUAGUACAGACCCCUACCACUGCCUCUCAGACUUCAUUGCACCUCUGCAUUCUGGUGUCUGUGACUACUUGGGUCUGUUUGCUGUUGCCUGCUUUGGGGUGGAAGAGCUGAGUAAGGCCUAUGAGGAUGAUGGAGAUGACUACAGCAGCAUCAUGGUGAAGGCGCUGGGCGACAGGCUGGCAGAGGCCUUUGCAGAGGAGCUCCAUGAGAGAGUUCGCCGAGAACUGUGGGCCUACUCUGGGAGUGAGCAGUUGGGCGUCCCAGACUUGCACAGACUCCGAUAUGAGGGCAUCCGGCCAGCUCCUGGUUACCCCAGCCAGCCUGACCAUACUGAGAAGCUUACCAUGUGGAGACUGGCCAGCAUUGAGCAGGCCACAGGCAUCAGGCUGACAGAAUCCUUGGCAAUGGCACCCGCUUCAGCAGUGUCAGGGCUGUACUUCUCCAAUGUAAAGGCCAAAUAUUUUGCUGUGGGGAAAAUUUCCAAAGAUCAGACGGAGGAUUAUGCCUUGAGGAAGAACAUGCCAGUGGCCGAGGUGGAGAAAUGGCUUGGUCCCAUUCUGGGCUAUGACACAGACUGACCUCUCUCUCACACUCCUUUACUCGUUCCUGUUUUCCUUUUAAACUUUUAUGUUUGCUGACCUCAGGGCGUAUAAUCCAGUGUGCCUUAGAAAUAACAACAAAAGCGCCUUUGCCCUGCCCUGCCCUGCCCUGCCCUGCCCUCUGCCCUGCUGCUGUGAGAGGCUGGUUGACUGCGAUGUAGAGCAGACCUCUAGGGUCCUGGAAAAGAAACACUUUUCCAGGGAUCUUAAAUGAGAAGCAACAAAGUGCCAAGGCUCAUGGUGUUCCUGGGCCCUCGACCCAGGAAGGCAUUUGUUCCUGGGUUUGUCUGUCUGUCUGUCGGUUAGUUGGUUGGUAUGGUUUGGUUUGGUUUAGUUUUUUGUUUGUCUGUUUUUAUUGGCUGCCUCAUAUAUUAAAAAUGAUUCUGAAAAUAAGUUGAAUAGGAGAAUAUAUAGAGAAACGUAACCCUGGAGCAAAGUAUCACCAUGAGAAAUGUGACAUUUCAAUCCAAGUGGUUUCAGCAAAGGACUUGGGCAGGGAGAAAAGUAUUCCUCUCUUUUCUCCUGUAACACCUCACUUCCUGUAACACCUCACUUCCUGUAACACCUCACUUCCUGUAACACCUCACUUCCUGUAACACCUCACUUCNUCCUGUAACACCUCACUUCCUGUAACACCUCACUUCCUGUAACACCUCACUUCCUGUAACACCUCACUUCCUGUAACACCUCACUUCUGAGGUGUGACUAAGCGGGUGUACAACUCUGUGGCAGAGGCAGGCUCAGUGCUUGCUGGACAGACGGACUGGAACUGUUAUCACUGUCUUAUUCUCCAAGGUUUCUUGUCUGUUGUAGUUUCACAGUUCCUUGCUCUGAGGUGGGAAAUGGAAGAGAGAAAGUGACUCCCAAAGGCAUUUCACAUCUGCUGCUCUCAGAAUUGAACGGUUGUUAGCUGAGUCCUGAUGUCCUGUGCAGAGUGGACCAAGGGGUGACUUAAAGCCACUCAACUCUUUGUCUGCACUUGGCUCCAACCACUUAUAUUUUAGAUAUACUACGUUGUCUUGGUUUUUGAUGUUUCUGGAGAAAUUGCUCAGAGCACAGGCUCUGAAGGCACGGACUCAGACUUUAACUUUUCUGUGUAGCUGCUGUGUGACAGAAGCCAAGUGCUGAGACGUCCCCACACUGCUCAUCUGAAAAACGAGAACAGUCGUGUCAGUCUGUGUCAUUGGGGUGAGGUUUAAACAGGAUUAUGGUGGAGAUGGUUCUGAUACACACAGAUCUUUAAUAAGUGGGGGUUCUGUAGAGCUCUGUAGUCUUAGCCCCGCAGGUACUCACAGGAAGAAUGAGAGAGAGGUUAAGGGGGGAGGGAGAGUAGGGGAGUAUGUAUGGAGUGUGACUGAUCUCCUGGGAUUAGAACCCCAACUUCCAGUUUACACUGACAGAGAAAGAGAAGCCACCUCUCAAGUGUUAUCCAUACCAUCAGGACUGAUCGUGUGUGAGACAGACUCCUUCCUUGCCUCAUAUGUUGUCCCAAGCCACUUACACCAAACCCGCUCCCUGGUGUAUUUGGAGGUGAAAGGAAGAAAAUGAUAGUUGGCUAAUGACAAUCCUGUAUGUCUGUAAUCUUUCCAAGCUUAUUUUUGUAUCACUGGUCCUUAGAGUGAAAAGAAUUGUCUACUUUUCUUUAAGGCAUCUUUGACUUGUCCUAAAUUGUAAAUGGGACUCACUGGCCUGAGUCUCUUCAUUUCAGGACGUAUUUCCAUGGCAGAUAUGUUCUUUAGGCUUUGGAACAUUCAUCUGUGAGAAAGAAUAACUGGCAUAUAGUUUACUGUAUCUCAUUUGAAGAGUUACUAAGUCUUCUUAUUUCCUUGCCAUUCUUUCAGCUGGCUCCCCAAAUAUGUCGUUGAUCUGAUCCCAUGACCUAUGUCAUCCCCGUCAUCUUUUUCAUCAUCUUCCUCCUAGUCUUCUUCUUCUGUCCUCCUCUCUCUUCUCCCUUUUUCCUUUUCCUUGCAUGUUUAGGUAGGUAUAUAGAUACUAAGAAAUAUAAAAGAAAACUCGAAAGCAUCCUUCUUCAUUUAUUUUAAGUAUUCCAGAGAAGCUGGGCUCAAAGACUAACGUUCUAAACGGGGCCCUGGUGUAUGAGAUUGCAUGCACCUAGCAUGUGCCCUCACUGUUGGCGUCUGAGAUUUUGACAUGAACUCAUUCACACUUGAGGCUUGCAUAUCCAUUAGGGCUGCACCCCCCCCCCCCAGUUUAGAAUUGAAUGUAACCAGAAGUGCUACCCUUGUCUGUAAUCACAGGAUUUGGGAAGUUGAGGCAGGAAGAUUUGCAUGAGUAGCAGGCCACCUGAGUUUCAUAGCCUCUCCAAAACCAAAAACAGGACCAGCAGGAAGGCUUAGUGAGUAAAUGCACAGGCUGCCAAACCUGGCCUGGUUUGUGCUCUGGGACCCACAUGGUAGAAGAGAACCAACUCCAAAGGCGUUUUCUUCAUUUUGCUGCUUGCUCUGCUACCAGUGGCUGGUACUAGGGCCUAGGGAUUGUAGUCUUGGUAACUCUUCCUCCUUUGAGCUAUUUCUCUAGCAGUUCCCCUCCAUUCAUAGUAAGCACACAUGGGACUAACUCUUUCUAGGUGAUUCUCUCAUGUGUGCACUCCUCACACACAUUGUGCUUCUUUCAUGUACCACUUAUUUUUCUUAUGCUCUCACUUAAUUCAGUGGAGUCCAGGGAGGUAUGUCUCUCAUCUCUUACCACUGAUGACUUUGUAAUUAUCAGCACUAGAGGCCUUCCGAGAGGGUUGCUUUCUCUUAUCCCCUUCCUUAGGACAAGUUUUUUAUUAGCCUCUAUGGUCAUUUCUCAACUAUAUUUUUUUUUCUUAAGUUUUGUCUUCUACCUACUUCAAGUCUUACAUCCUGUGUUAGUUGCUCUCCCAGCCUGUUGUUUCAGAGGUUGAUCUCAUCUAUGGUCCUCCAGGAUCCUCCAUCCUUAAUCCUUGUUCCUUCAUAAGGUUGCCACCCCAGCUCCUGAAGGAGUACACAAGGCGUUUCACAGUGAAGUGUCCCAAACCUUGCUUCUAUGUGUCUCAUCUGCUCUCCAGUAGAAAGACUAAUUGGUCCCACCAAAUCAGCAGAUUGAAGGCUCACCCGAUACUGUCCGUUUUUAGAAUAGUUAGCUCAAAAAUGUGAUAGGCUGGUGGUGGAAGUAUUCAGGGAAGGUCCUGGUUGAUUCGGUUUAGGACCUGAAGAACUGAGAUGGAGCAGCAGGAAAGGAACAGAUGAGGGACAGUACAUAGAAGCAUUAAAGGUUACAUAUAGAUGCCAGAUCUUUCCAAAGUGAACCAUAAAGUCAAACAUUUCCAGCAGUUACACCAACUGAUGUCAUGACGAAGAUAAGCAGAUAAUUCAUGUGGAGAGCAAAGGAUCAAAACUGGCUAGAGGUUGCUGAAGAUGAAGAAAGAUUCAGGGAAUUCGUCUGACAGUACACCAAAUUUUACUGCAGAAAUAGUGUCAGGUGCAGUACAGAAAUGGCUACAUCAGUGCCACCCAAACCAAAGGCCUUUGCUAAGCAGGUGAGUGACUUAGGUGAGAAGACUUUUUCUUUUAAGUAACUAGUAAGGGAUUAGUCGCUAGAAUGUAUAGAAAUUUCCUAUUUUGAAAAAUACAGAAGAGAGAAAGGCUUUCUCAUGAGGCUGGUAAACAGAUGUUCUGUGGUGAUGAGACGUGUGAGAUUCGGGUUCACAUCUAUGACAUUUGCAAGAGUGUGGCCCACAAUUUCAGAUAUGUAAGUAGUCACAUGCAUGUUACAUAUCAGUGCUGGAGAACAGUCACACACUUCGCAGUUGUGAACAAGGCCAGAACUCCAAGCAUGUUCAGCCAUGUCUUACAUUUUGGUCAUGGCAGUAUAAUCAGACCUGUAACAGGAAUAACUAAAGUUCUGUCCAUGGGAGAGUGGUUUUAUAAGAUACCAUGAUGCAGUAAAAUUGAGUGAACUACAGCCACACUUGGCAAUAAAGGUGAAUCACAGGAAAUAGGGGCAAAGCAAGUCUCUUGAGUCUACUUAAUGGCAUGAUGCUGUUUUCAUUGAGCUCAAAAGUAAAUGAGAUCAAAGAAUGUAUAUGAUAGUUACAUGUGUGAUAAAAACUUAAAAGGUCACAGAAAUCCCCAAAUUAAGUUUAGUGAUAGAUAGCCUUGUGGGGUGGGGGAUUAAAAGGUGCCAGAGAAGAGCACACAAGUGAAUUGUGAAUAGCUACUUUAGUUUUUAGGUGGGAGGGUUAUGGCUGUUGACUACAUACAGCAUUUUUGUACAUUUUAAAUAUGUGUAUUUAAUA